UGAAAAAAAUCGAAAAAUUGGCCGGUAUUCAAAUUAUCAUCGGCAACGGCAACGGCAACAACAAUGACAAUCAUAUCGAAUUUAAUAAUGGCCAAUAAUUAUCGGCCAACAAAUCAUUCAACAAAAAUGUUAAUGACAAUAAUGUUACGUUCAAUGAUUCGUCGUAAUAUGAUUAUGAUGAACAAUAAUCAUCAACAAUUUAAACGUAGAUCAUUAUUUAUAUUGAAUUCUUGUCCAUUUCCAUCGUCAUCAUCAUCAUCAUCAUCACGAUUAGUGUUUCAAAAUAAUCAUCAAUAUAGAUCAUUCAUAGUAAACACACCAUCACAACAACAUUAUCGAUUGGUUAAUAAUUAUUGGUUACAAUUAACACGAACAUUGUCGAAUACAACAACUGGUUCGAAAUCUGAAGAUAUUCAUGUGAUACCUAAAGUAAAAACAAUAAAUACAAAAGAACGUAAUAAAGAUUUAACAUUGGGUCGUAAUUUUAUAACAACAACACGUGCAAUGCGUGAAUAUGCAUUGGAUAUAUCGGAUCUAGUCGAUCUAAGAAAAUUCCAAAGACGUAGCCCAUAUAAUGAUGAACCUCCUAUUACUGUUUAUUUACGUAAAGAUGUUGAAGCAAAAGCUCUUGAAGUAUGGAAAAAUUGGGACUGUCUUAAUGAAGAAUUACGACGUCGUAAAGAGAAAGAAGAAACCUAUAGUGAUAGCCUUUUGAUAGUUAAAAAAUAUAAUAAAGAUUAUCGUCGAUUGAAUACACCGCAAGCAAAAUUUCGUGAAAACAUUAUGCGUGAAUCUGGCCGUGUUGUAAUGGCUGCUGUGAUAAUAAAUGGUGCCAAUUUUUUUCUCAAAUUAUUUGCAUGGCUUUAUACCGGAUCUCAUUCAUUAUUUUCGGAAGCAAUACAUUCAUUAGCCGAUACUUGUAAUCAAUUAUUAUUGGCAUUCGGUAUAAGAAAAUCAAUACAAGUGCCUAAUAAAGAUCAUCCAUAUGGUUAUCAUCCAAUGCGUUAUAUUUCAUCAUUAAUAUCUGGUGUGGCCAUAUUCUGUACCGGUACUGGUCUUAGUAUUUAUCAUGGUAUCGAUGGUAUUCUUCAUCCUGAACCAAUCGAAUCAUAUUAUUGGGCAUAUUUUAUAUUGCUUGGUUCACUUAUUUCCGAAGGUGGUACAUUAAUUAUUGCAUUGAAUGCAGCAAGACGAUCAGCUUCAUUACAAGGAAUUUCAUUAACACAAUACAUUCUAGCCGGUAGUGAUCCAACAUUGAAUGUUGUCAUUUUAGAAGAUUUUGCUGCCGUACUUGGUGUGACUAUUGCAGCUGGUUGUAUGGGUUUAACAUCGUAUUUUAAUACACCAAUAUUUGAUGCUUGUGGAUCAUUGGCCAUUGGUGCAUUAUUGGGUGUUGUUGCAUCAUUUGUAAUCUAUACAAAUGCCGGUGCAUUAGUUGGUAAAUCUAUUGCACCGAAUCGUAUGGGUGAGAUAAAUAAAUUUUUAGAAUCCGAUGGUAUGGUACGUGCUAUACAUGAUGUAAAAGCAACACAUAUGGGUAACGAUAUGGUUCGAUAUAAAGCUGAAGUGGAUUUUGAUGGCCGUAAAUUGACUAGAAAUUAUCUAGAUUCCAUUGAUUUAGAAGUACUUUACAAGGAAAUGUUAUCAGUAAAAACAAUGGAUGAAUGUGAAGAAUUUAUGCUGAAACAUGGUGAAAAUAUUGUCGAUCUAUUAGGCGCUGAAGUGGAUCGUAUUGAAAAUGAAUUGAAAGCUAAACAUCCUGAAGUUCGUCAUGUUGAUCUUGAAGUACUGUAGUAGUUUUAUAUAACCACCACCAUCAUCAUAAAAAAUUGACAAAAAACAAAUUAAUCCAUCAUCCACAACGAAAUCCAUCCCUGGUUAUUAUUAUUUUGUCA